UAGUAUACUAAUAUCAUUCGGAACGCUCUGUACACAGUGCGCGCUGACAACGUUUUAGAUAAGACGAAACAAUUUAAUCAACCGGUUACAACUAACAAGUUGCAAUCAGAACAGUUUUGAAUACAAUUAACUACAUAGUGAAUAUUGAAUUUUGAUUAAUAGGCAAGUUAUCGAAUUAAAAAAAUUUAAGGAGGCUAUGUGAUAAUGGCCUACUACAUGACCAUACAUUGUUUUAAUCGACUAACGAAUAAAUUAAAAUAAAAAAUUUGAAAACUAUAAACGUUUAACUUUGAUCUACACAGGUGAUUUGGCCAUUAAAAUCAUAAGCAAAAUAAAACCAAACGUAACGCAGUGAAAACCGACAGUAAUCAUUCAUAUUGGUAGAAUACAAAAUCAUAGUCAACAUCAAACACUAAAAAUGGCAUCUUUUUUUAAGUGGUACAGAUUUUACAGCCACACAUAUCCAGUAAGGACCAAUCUCGUUCAAACGGGUCUAUUGUUCGGCGUCGGGGAUUUAAUGGCCCAGAGCGCAGUAGAAAAACGUAAACCCGAUGAAAUCGAUUGGUUACGUACAGUUCGUUAUGCAUCUAUUGGGUGUGCGGUCGGACCAACACUUACUAUGUGGUAUAAAACAUUGGAUAGAUUAGGAACUAAAAACACAAUACCAAUAAUAGCUAAAAAAAUAUUAGUUGACCAAACGAUUGCAUCACCAAUUAUUAAUGGAGCUGUGAUGAUAAUGAGUAGAGUGUUCAGUGGUGACGAAUGGCCACAAAUACAAGAUAAAUUAAAAGACAACUAUGUGAAAGUUAUGCUUACUAGUUACUUGAUUUGGCCAGCUGUACAGACAUUUAAUUUCACUAUUGUUCCACUACAAUACAGGGUCUUAACAGUACAAGUAGUAUCAUUAGCAUGGAAUACAUAUCUUUCAUUUAUGAGCGUUGGUGGUGGAGAAAAAUCAAAAUAAGCAUCAUAUUAAAAAUUAUUUGUCAAUGCAUCUAAGGAUGUAUAAUUUUGUUAA